AUGGUACAUUCGGAUUUAAAUGAACAUGAAUUGAUAUCAUCAACAAUUAGUGAAGAUAGUCAAACACCAUUAUCCGAAACAGUAACAACAUUAGCUAGUAAUGUUUAUAAAGAAUUAGAACGUAUUAUAAAAAAUUUUGGUGAAAAUAGUGUUAAAGAUUUAAUGCCAGUAAUGAUUUCAACAUUAGAGUCACUGGAUACUGCGUUACAUGACCGUGAAGUGAGUAAACUUGAAACGGAAUCAUUAAAAGAACAAAAUGAGCAGUUAUUUCAACAAUAUGAACGUGAAAAAAGUUUUCAUAAAGAAUAUCAACAACGUUAUCUUCAAGUUGAAGAUCAUCUAGAAGAAAUAAAACGAGAGAAUGAAGAAAAAUUACAAAGUCUAGAAUCGAUUGUCAAAAUUUUCGAAAUUAAAGCACGAAAUGCAUCAGAUCAUGUUGGAAGAUUAGAAGAUAAAGAAAAUGAAAUGAAACAAGAAUAUAAACGUUUACAUGAUCGAUAUUGUGAACUAUUCAAAGCACAUUGUGAUUAUAUGGAAAGAACAAAAAUUUUAUAUGGAACUGAUCGAUUAGAUCAACUGGCUACAAAGUCUUCUUCUCGUGGAAAUCUUCAAUUACCAUCGACAUCAUACUCAUCUGAUGAUAAACAAACUCUAUCUAAUCAACCAUCAAUUGAAGAAGUACCUCCAAAUUCUUCUGAUGUAUCCUUCACAUCACUUAAAAAAUCUCUUUCUGGCAUGGAAUUUCAUUCGAUACCUGAAACUACGGAUGGUAUACAUACUCAAACAGAAUCCAUGGCAAGUAAUGAUGCUGCUGUAAAUACAGACUAUGAUAAUUCCUAUUUUGAUAACUAUAAACGUGACCCUGCAAUUAGUGAUGAUGAUGAUGAUAUAUCAAUAGAUGAUACAAAGAAUUUGGAAGCUUUUGACAAAGAAACACAAAAUGAUAAUAUUGAUAUAUCAGAUGUUGAUGCUUCAGCAGAUUUAUUUGGUAUGACAAAGGAAGUAUCCAAUCUGAUCAAAGAAAAUAAUGAACUUUUGGAAACGAAAAAUGCAUUGAAUGUUCUUAAAGAUGAUCUAUUAGUCAAAAUUGAAGAAUUAUCAAAUGAACAAGAAAUUCUUCGAGAAGAAAUUGAAUCAUUACAAACCGUUAAAACUCGAUUACAUUCACGAAAUUUAGAAGUUGAAGAAGAACUUCGAAAGAUACGCGAAGAAAUCGAAAAGAAAAAAGAAGAAGAGGAAAAUGUACCGACGGCAGAUAGAAAGCGUUUUACUCGAGUUGAAAUGCAACGUGUUCUUCUUGAACGUAAUCAAUACAAACAACGUUUAUUUGAACUUGAAGAAGCUAUGCAUCGACAAGAUGCUUUACGUGCAUCGAAACAUGAACAAUCAUCAUCAACAACUGCUAAUACAACUAAUGAUAGUUUUUUUGAUCAUACACAAAACAAACAUAGACCAAUGUUUAGAAAACUGUGA